AUGCGGCCCGUGAUUGCUGUUGAUGCUACCCAUUUGAAGUGCAAGUAUAAAGGUGUUUUGUUUGUUGCGACCGCAUUUGACGGAAAUCGCAACAUAUAUCCUGUUGCCUUUGGGAUUGGAGAUUUGGAGACGGAUGCAGCAUGGGAGUGGUUUUUGAGAAAAUUACAUUGUGCAAUUGGUGAUUGCUCGAAUCUUGUUGUCAUAUCUGAUCGCAAUGGCAAUAUGAAAGCCUCAUUUCACUUGAAGCAACGGGAUCCGAUAUUGGGGUAUUUUGUAAGGGCAGCGAAGUCUUAUCGUCUAGCGGAGUUCAAUCGUCACUUCUCGAUGAUAAACAAUGAGCGAGUGCGAACUUAUCUACUACGUGCAGGCAUCCAGAAGUGGUCUCGGGCCCACUGUGAUGGACGACGAUAUAAUGUGAUGACAACGAAUAUUGUGGAGUCCAUUAAUUCAGUUCUUCGUUUUGCAAGGAUGCUUCCGGUGCUACACUUGAUCGAUGAAAUCACAAAUCUACUUCUCACUUGGUUUAAUCAACGUCGAGAUUUAGCAAUGAAAUGUCAUUCUACAUUGUGCCCUGAUUUGGGUGAACAGAAGUUAAGGAAGAGGUUAGAUGCUGCGUCAAGGAUGAAUGUGGUCAAAAUCAAUGAUGUCGAGUAUAAUGUUCUGGAUGGUGAUUUGAAUGGUCUGGUGCACUUGGCAAACCGUAGUUGUACGUGCAGGAAGUUUGACUUGGAGCAACUCCCGUGCAAGCAUGCUAUUGCGGUAUGUCGGCACUUGAAAUUGAACCCCUACUCCUUUGCGUCUUCUUAUUAUACACGAGCUACAUGGGCAGCUGCAUAUGCUGAAUCUAUUUAUUCUGUUCCACCUAAAGGCACAUGGGUUAUUCCCGAACAUUUGAACAAUGUCAAAAUCCUUCCUCUUGUUUAUUUUACAGUUGUUCAGUUUGUACCUCAGUUGUCAUCAACUGUGAAGUUCAUGAAUAGGUUCGGUGGUGCUGCAGGGAUGGAAGUCCGUCAACUAAAUGGUCAUGUGAAGAAUAUGGAACAAGGUAACAAGUUCCUUGCAAUGAGAGCCUAUUAUUAG